AUGUCUUCACUGGUAGCUCUUCGAUCGACCUGUGUUCGAACAUGUGUAUCUUCCGCCAAAAGAACUCCACAACCGACAAGAGCAAUCAUCGCGAAACGAUGCAAGAGUACCACAGCUCCUUUUACUGAUAAUGCUAGUUCCGUGGAACUCCCUACGUCUUUGCAAUUGCGCCGUCAUUUUCUACAAUGCGCCGUCCCCAUGAUUGGUUUCGGAUUGAUGGAUCAGACUGUCAUGUUACAGGCGGGCAAUGCCAUUGACUGUACCAUCGGUGUCACAUUUGGGUUAUCCACACUCUCGGCGGCAGCCUUUGGUCAAAUUUGUUCCGAUGCCGCCGGUGUCUUGUCGGGAGGGACGUUGGAACGCAUUUGUCAUCGAAUGGGAUUGCCGCAUCCCCACUUUCUACCGGGACAACGACGAUUGCCAAUUGUGCAGCGUGUCGGAUUGAUGGGACAAUUGUUGGGUGUCAUUCUAGGGUGUACCCUUGGACUUGGCAAUUUGCUCUUUAUGGAUACCGAUCGAUCCUCCACGCUCAAGCUCAUACAGGCGGCACACACGUCACCACACUCUCAUGGGGAAUUUGCCUUUUCCGUCGAAGCCAGCAAUGCCGUUCGCAAUGAUGCCACUCUCUUGACGGUACGAGGUCCCGACAUCGAUGGACUCUUGGCCAGCAUGACGGCUACCUUGACCGCACAAGGAUGUUCGCUGGUGGAAUUGCAUGCGGGACGUCGUCGUGACAGCAGUGAGGAAAUUGAAGAUGUCUUUGUCGUGAUUCAACAAGAAACACAACAACCCGUCCCCGAUGACGAAUUGGAUGAUUUGGCCGGGGCGCUCUUGGAAGCUACGCUGCAUCCCAUUACCGUACGAUCCUUUCAGAGCAAAAACUUGCAAUUGGAAGAGGACAAUCAGCAACUCCAAUUGCGCAUUCAGAAAUUGGAACAGUUGUUGCAAGAACGACAAAUCACAAUCAUUCCCAGCACAGCCCUCAUGGCAACCUCGUCGUCGCCCUCGAAUGAACAGGAACAAGAAAAUGCCGCUGAUAAACCGUAG